CUGUCGGUGCGUGUUGUCCGCAUUCCGCUGACUCCGUGAUUUUACACAGCAAUUCCUUCGUGGUGGUGACAAGUGCACCAGAAAAAAAACCCAUCAGGCUAUAGGUAGUCAGAGUGGCGAGUGAUGCUGUGGUGACAAAGUGGUGGAAAGUGGCAAUGAACCACCUUUGCAACGGCGAGAACUUGGACAAAUUGCCGUGAUUGGGUAUUCAGUCUGGGAAUUUUUCAAUGAUUCAGGAAAAAAGAGACUAGAGCGGAAUAGGAAUCCGGUGAAAAUUAAAUAAAUCACACACGAAUGUGCUGGCCAGUGUUAAUUUCGGCUGGUAUUGGUGGGAAAUAUGAGGAAUGCAGGGGUGAGCGUGGCAGCGAGAUAGACAGUGCGGUUUUUUGAAUUGAAAUAAUUAAAGGAAUAUUAAAUAAAUUGUUGACAUACUGAUGAAUUGUGUGACGCGCUGAAAAAUACGAGGUGGCGUGUCAAAGUGAGUGGUGUGCAAUAGGAAAUUGUGCAUUCAGCGGGGGGAGAGCAGCCCCCGGAGGCCAAAGUGCGAGGGUGCCUGGAGUGACAACCACAGCGGCAGUUUGUGGGUUGAAGGUGACCUGCGGAAAAAAUGACUGCGAAAAGUUGGGUGGGAAAUAGAUUUAUCGGGGCGGGUAAAUAACUCAUCUGUGCAAACAGAAGCAGCAGCUCGACAGUCAAUGCGGAGGGAUUUGGUCGACAUGCAAAUGAGCAAAGUGCCACGUUAUCGAAACAGUGCCAAGGGGAAGAGGUGUGAUGAGAAUAUUGAGUUGCAAAUAUGAAUAAAAUGAUGUUCAACAGCAGUGAGAACGCUUUGUUGUGAUCACAUCGUGCAUCUGCUCACUAUUAUUAUUAUUUUCAUUCGAACACGAUCCCUUGCUGAGGUCCUUGGGAGAUGGCGACACGCGCUGGACAUGCGAGGCAAUCAAUUCGGCCACUCCCCAAUGACUCUGUGAGGAGUUGAUGGUGAAUUUGAGCAGAUGGUGAGCCGUAGAACUGCCCUCAGUGGAUUAAUUGUGGAUGCUGAUUCAUAGGCAAAAAUGGAAAUGAGAAGCAUUUGUGAAUUGGUGGCCGAACUGAUCAUCAUGUUGUGCAUGUUUGUCCAAUUCUCGCACGGAUUAAUCGAAAUUCAAUCCGAUAAGGAAAAACCAGUUAAGACUGUUGAUGUUCAGGGAGUGGAAGGAAAUCGUGUCUCCUUGCCAUGUCCUCUGGCGGGACCUUCGAGGGACAAAGUUUAUAUGGUGCUGUGGUUUAGAGACGACGUCGGAAUUCCACUGUACAGCUUCGACGUGAGAGGUGUGUCGCUGUCGAAGGGCCGUCACUGGUCAUCGCCGGCAAUAUUCGGUCCGCGCGCCAAAUUCAAUGCAAACGCCGACCCAGCCACUCUGGAUAUUGACGACAUCAAACGUCACGAUCAGGGUGUUUACCGGUGUCGAGUAGAUUUCCGCAGCAGUCAAACGCAGAGCUUCCGCUACAACCUCAGUAUAAUCAUCCUUCCGGAGCGACCGGUGGUGCUGAAUCGGUGGGGCCUGCAGCUCAACGGCACGACACUGGGGCCGCUGGAGGAGCGAGAUGACAUCAUUUUAGUAUGUCGAGUUGUGGGUGGACGCCCACAGCCUUCCGUUCGGUGGCUCGUGAAUGGGAUCCUCGUGGACGAUCAGUACGAGCAGAAUUCUGGGGAUGUCAUUGAGAAUCGCCUCCUCUGGCCAGGAGUUCAGAGAACCGAUCUGAAUUCCGUCUUCACAUGCCAGGCGCUCAACACGAAGCUGGUGGAGGCCAAGGAGCGAAGCUUCGUCCUGGAUCUGCUGCUGAAACCACUGUCUGUGAAAAUCAUAGAGCCAGUCAGUUCAUUAGUGGCCGAUCGGCGCUAUGAAGUCCUUUGUGAGACAGCAGGUUCACGCCCGAAUGCCAUCAUUACGUUCUACAAAGGGAAGCGUCAACUGCGUCGGACAAAGGAUGAAACGCUAAAUAAUACAACCCGAUCGGAGUUGAGUUUCGUACCCGCGGUUGAGGAUGAUGGCAAGACUCUCACCUGUCGUGCGGAGAACCCAAAAGUGACGGGUUUAUUUUUGGAGUCAACGUGGAAACUCAAUGUCGUCUAUCCACCCAUUGUGACGCUGCGCCUGGGAUCCACCCUCUCUGCCGAAGACAUCAAAGACGGUGAGGAUGUUUACUUCGAGUGCCACGUCCAGGCCAAUCCUCAGUGGCGGAAACUCUACUGGCUGCAUGACGGCAUCAUCCUCACCCACAAUGCAUCCGCCCGAGUGAUAAGAUCCAACCAAAGCUUAGUGCUGCAGCGCGUGACGAGGAGCUCGAGUGGUAAUUACUCGUGUAGCGCAGUGAACGCCGAGGGCGAGACCGUGAGCAAUCAAUUAUCACUUCGUGUAAAGUAUGUUCCCGUCUGUGCCACGGACAAAGUCAUCAUUAUCGGAGCAUUUCGUGGGGAGAAUCUCAAUAUUGUGUGUGAAGUGGAAUCCGAUCCGCCACCAAGAUCCUUUCGGUGGAAGUUCAAUAAUUCAGGCGAAACAUUGGACGUCGGCAGAGAGAGACACCAUCGAAACGGUUCCAUGCGCAGCAUUUUGCAGUACACACCAGUAACUGAUCAGGACUACGGAACGCUGUCGUGCUGGGGCCAGAACGAAGUGGGCGCGCAGCAGAAUCCCUGCCUCUUCCAGAUCGUCCUGGCAGGUUUGCCAUCUGUCGUUCGAAACUGCUCAGUGACUAAUCAAACAAGUCAUUCUGUGGAGAUUCAGUGCAUUCCUGGCUACGAUGGAGGACUUCCGCAAGUCUUCGUUCUCGAGUUGGUCUCCACAAGAACUGGAAAACUUAGAUACAACAUCACUAAUACUGAUGAACCUGUCUUCGUCAUUGAGUCACUGGAGAGUCUCAUAUCCUUUGACUCCUUGGACGACCACUCGCUGCGAGUGAUUAUCUUUGCAGUGAACCAGAAGGGCAGAAGUCAAGGGGUCAUCCUGAAGGACUUUCCCUUCGCCAAUGAGCUGGAGAAUCGAUCUGUGGCAUCCUUCGACACAUCCUUCCAUCUGUCACCAAUUGUAUUUGGCACAGUGCUCACCCUCCUCCUCCUCUGCUGUGUCAUCGUUGGCCGAGUGUACAGCGCCCGGAGAUCCCACAGCAACGACACACUCAGCAGUUCCAAACAAUCUAGCACGUUGCUCUGCAAACAGGAUCCAUCAAAGAAGACUGUUAAAGCCAACCUACGGUGGCAGCACAGUGACUCCGCAGCUAAGGAGCAGGUGAUAAGUGGGACUCCUGGACGGGAUGCUGACCAUGCGGGCGGUCCUGCCACAGAGUCAUACGAUUUGGGUGACGACGAGAGAGAUCCCGAUGUCAUUCCCAGUCAGUACGUUCCUGACGAAAUGGAAAAUUGCUUGGCGUCAGAAUGGAAUCAUCAAGAUUCAAUAUUUAGUGAGAAGUACACCAAACACGAAAAUCGACCCAAGGAUCUCCUGCUGAAGCCACUCUCAUCCACGGACUUUCAAUUGAUUGCCCCGACAAAUAGCAAUUACUUGCAGCAUCAACAUCAACACGACAUUGUGCCAAAUGGUGAUUUGGAUAUAAAUGUACAUGCAAUUAAAACUAUGCUCAUGGCGACACGAGUACCAGAGAGUUGUGUCUGAAAAGUUUCGCCUGCAGAAAGUUAUUCAUGGAAAAUAGUCACCGGUUGAAUUUUUCAUUGAUGACAACCCCCAGAGAAAAAAUAGCAGUGCGACAGAACGCGAUGAACUAAUGAAGAAAAAAAAACCAGAGGACAAUGAUAUAGAUUUUAUGGAAAUAUUAACAAUUUUCGGUAUCAUAUACAUAUGAUUAGUUUUGUAUUAACAGAGGACAGAAAACAAGUGCUUGAAGCACAAAAAGUGACUAUUUGUACCUUCUUUGAAUGGAAACACUGUAUUUAUAACAAGAGCAAAGUGUGAAACUAGAAGUUUAACAACUUUAGAUAUGCUGAUAAGGAAAACGAAACUUAUUGCCAUACAUCAUCAAAAGAAAUUAUACAUAUACUUGACAACUUAAAACGACGGAGAAUGACGGAAAUAUCUAGAUAAUGAUAAAAUAAAUAAAUUUUGUAGUAUUUUAUGAGAUACCACAUCAAAAAAAAAACUUCCUCUAAGUUCAGAAAAUCUAAGGCGUAUCAAAUGAAAUAUUAUGUGAAACUUGGAUCAAAAAUAUAUCACACAAAUUUGUAAAUAUCAGGUUAUAUUGCAGUGGAGGACUACUGAAGAUGCAUUACAUUUGCAUUGGUUUUCUCAAAUCCAAUGAAUUUAAAUUUCAUUUAUGAUUAAUCGCGAAGGAGGCAUUCGAAUCAGCGUAUUUCAAUUCACAGUUCCUUCCUUUCGAUGAUUAUAUGGGGCUUCCGGGUAGUUUUCUUCAAUCUCGCCACCAUCGAUUUUUAGUAGCCCAAUUAAGAAAGUAAAACUGCCAAAAAUCAUCAUAAUUUUUUAAAAAGACUUUAUUCAAAAAUAUCCCAACAUAUCUCUCGAAAUAUCAAGAAUAUAAUUUGAUUUUUAAAGGUGUUGUGAUAGCUUUAUUAAAUUGCUAAGGAAACCAAAAACGAAGAAUCAUAACAUUGUCAAAUGCUUCCUUGUCUAGAUAUUUUGUCACUCGGAUCAAAAGAUGUGGGAAAAAACUGUAUAUAGAAGUUAUUAUAUAAAACAUAGAGAAGAUGUAGAUAAUUUUUACUGUAACCGCGUUAUUAAUCAGUGUAUAAAAAAAAACUGGAGCUCCUAAAAAGCUUAUUUCUACAGACGAAACAAAUCUAAAGUAUCUCAGAUCAGAAUUGUUUCAAUAAAAUAAAUGCAAAAGAUGA